CGGUCCGCCUUUGACACAGGAACGGAAGCUACCGGGUUUAUACUUCCAUGGUUUAUAGCCUUUAAUUUAUGCUUGAGCGCCGUGGUCACUGGACUUUACAAAGUUAUGUUGGUGCUAGAGACGACUACGCGGAAUCGUAAGGGCAAAUAAGAGGUCUCCACAAUGGGUGCUUGGGCUGCAGUGUGUGUGAGGACACUCUGCUAAGUAUGCAGGCCUGGGACAGUGUAUUCAGGGGACAGUGCUGCUGAGAGGGACCAUUUGUUUGUGCAGACGCUCAUGGACGACUUCACCACCAGGACAUAUGGGACCAGCGGAGGUCUGGACAACAGGCCUCUGUUUGGGGAGACCUCGGCACGGGACCGAAUUAUAAACCUUGUUGUGGGGGGAUGUACAUUACUGGUUGUACUUGUGACAAUUAUCAGCUCAUUUGUUUUUCCUUCACCACCUCCCCGGCCACUAAAUAUAUUUUUUGCUGUGUGCAUCUUAUUAACCUGCGGAUCCACCAUAGUGCUGAUAUUUUGGUACAGACAGGGUGAUUUGGAGCCUAAAUUCAGGAAACUUAUUUACUACAUGCUGGCAUCCACAGUGCUGCUAUGUUUAUGUGCCAACUUGUACUUCCAUGAUGUCAAUAAAACGUAGCAGCACAGAAGAAGAAAAGGAGGGACACAUAGCCUUUGUCAAACACAAGUAUGGAAGGACUAAAUACUUAAGGGCAAAAUCUGAAAACCUAUUUAAAGCCAACAGAAUUUCAUCCCAGUGGACCAAAAAUGACACUGCUUUGUUACAUUAGUAUAAAAACUGUAUCUUGUAAUUAAGCUGAGUCACAAGCCUCUGCAAGAUGGACACACAUGGCACAGCGCAUAUCACACUGCUGAAAAGACAAUGUACAGUAUUAGACCAUAAAGAGAAGACACAAGUAUGCUAAUAUUUUGAUGAUGGAAAAUGCACUCUGAAGCUCAUAUUUGAUACAUCAACACUUGACACAUGACACAUGAAAUGUAACUGUAGUUGCUGAGUGUUUGACCCAGUAGUCUUGCUUGUGGAGUAAUGUUCCACAGAGCUUGUUGCACAAUAGUGUUUUAGUCAUUAUGUGUGUGUCAUUUUACUGCUUUAAAUUCUGUAGUGAUGGGUUUACUGUACAGCAAGACUCUGAAGACAUUCUAAUUUAAUGGUUCUGCAAGAAAAAAAAAAUGUUCAGAUUGUAAUGCUCAGUGUGGAUUUUCCCAGCAUUUAAUAUUUGUCAACUUGACUAUGUUUGUUCUAUGUACUGGGUAGUUUGUACUGUAUACAAAGCACAAACUAGAACAAAAGUACAGGCAUUAGCAGGGUUUGAAUAUAUGCAAUCAAUUUUCUGCAGCAGCUUGUAUGGCUGAUGUGAUCAUUGUCAUUGAAUUUAUUUCAUAUUUCCAAACCAAUGUUGGGAAGUGUUUCUUACUGUAUUGAAUGUUGAACUACACUGACUGCCAAGUCUUGCACUAAUUUAUUCGACAUUUAUGUGUCUCAUCUAAACUUGCACACUAAUGCUGCCAUUUACUCAAGCCAAUAGAUAUUUGAGCUGGAAUUCUGCUGGAAUCACAUGCUUAGCUUUAAUUGUAAUACUUGUAAAUUAUUAUUGUUUUUUGAAAUGACAUGGAGCCAAAUCAUUUUAGAAUUUGGGUGAAGUGAGACCAAACUGACUGCAUUAGGAUUAUGUUUGAUCUAUUAGACAUACAAGUCUAAAAGCUCUUGAAAGCAGUGUGGCAAACUGAAACUAUGCAACUAAACCAAUGUCAAUUGUCUGUUUACUUGAUGUUUUAUUGUCAUAAAAAAUAUACAACAAAAUGUAACAUUCUUUUUAAAAAGUUCUUCAGUCAUACAUCACUGUCUACAUAGUUU